AUGUCUCUUAAGAUCGAGCGAGACACGUUCGAAACGGGCACCUCCACGGCUGCCAAGGUUGCGGAGCAGGUGUCGUCAAAGCUUUCCGAAGCCCGAAAUGCUCCCCUCCCCGGCACCAGCGGGAAGCACCCCGUCUCUGCCGCGGUCGGCACCGCGCUGACGGGUGGUAAGGGCAUGGCCGGCACCAAGGGCUACCUCGCCGCAUACAUCAAGCAGCUCGAGGACAAUCCGCUGCGCACCAAGAUGCUGACGGCCGGCACGCUGUCGGGCGCCCAGGAGCUCAUCGCCUCGUUUCUCGCCAAGGACAGGAACAAGCACGGAAACUACUUCACCAGCCGCGUUCCCAAGAUGGCUGCCUACGGUGCCCUGGUCUCAGCACCAAUGGGACACUUCCUCAUCUGGCUGCUGCAAAAGGCCUUCAAGAACCGCACCAGCCUGCGUGCCAAGAUCAUGCAGAUCAUCGUCAGCAACCUCAUCAUCGCACCGAUCCAGAACUCAGUCUACCUGACAGCCAUGGCUCUCAUCGCCGGUGCCCGUACGUACCACCAGGUCCGUGCCACCGUCCGCGUCGGCUUCUGGAAGGUUAUGAAGGUUUCUUGGGUUACAUCGCCCAUCUGCCUCGCCUUUGCCCAAAAGUUCCUGCCCGAGGAGACCUGGGUACCCUUCUUCAACCUUGUCUCGUUCGUCAUUGGUACCUACGUCAACACCAUCACCAAGAAGAAGCGCCUCGCAGCUCUUCGCAAGAAGCACUUUGGUGAUGGUGGCCCUGGUGGCCGCCCCAGCUCUCUCGGCGGCCGGCCGGAGGACUACCCUCCUAUGGGCCCCAACCCACCUUACUAG